AUAGGUACGAGGACCCAGAUUUGGGCACGUUACAUGAUACCUUAACCCAUUUGCCCUAUAAAAUGAGGGCCAUGGUGCCCCAAGUUCUCAAAAGUGCAGACUGAGAAAGUUGGAAAAUGGCUUCUCUGUUAAUGCUGGUAUGCUUGCUGAGGUCUUUAGCCAUUCCCUUAGGGCAAGGCCGGUUCGUAGCUGACUAUGGUGAAGCCCUGGAUAAAUCGCUCUUGUAUUUUGAGGCUCAAAGGUCAGGGAAGUUGCCUACCAGCCAGAGGGUUCUUUGGCGGGGCGACUCGGCUCUCUCCGAUGGACAUUCUGUAGGGGUCGAUCUCACCGGAGGCUAUUAUGACGCCGGCGACAACAUGAAAUUCGGGUUCCCCAUGGCCUUCACUGUCACCAUGCUUGCAUGGAGCGUGGUCGAAUUCGGGGAGGAGCUCAAAGCCACCAGCCAGUUGGACCAUGCCAUGAAUGCCAUAUGGUGGGGCACUGAAUAUCUGAUGAAGGCACACAUCAAGGACAAUGUUCUGUAUGGGCAAGUGGGGGACGGGAGCUCCGACCAUAAUUGCUGGCAACGGCCGGAAGACAUGACCACGCCUAGGACGCCGUACGUCAUCAACGAGACCAACCCUGGCUCUGACCUUGCUGCUGAGACCGCCGCUGCUUUGGCCGCAGCGGCGAUAGCAUUUAAGGAUGAUCCUUAUCACCUGAAACUCUUAGAUCACAGCCAGAGGCUCAACCAAGCAGCAGAUCGUUACCAGGGGAAAUAUUCAGAUUCCAUCCCUACAGUACAGAACUUCUAUGCCAGCAACGGAUUUAACGAUGAAUUGCAAUGGGCUGCUAUGUGGCUUUGGGAAGCCACCCAAGCGCAAGGGUGGUUAGAUCAUCUACAAAAUUGGUUUGACCCAGGGCCUGUCGGGCCUUGGUUGAAUUGGAAUGAGAAAUUUGUAGGCGUUCAGGCUCUAAUAGUAAAGGGUGUAAUGUUGGGGCAACUCCCGGAUGAUGAUGACCUUUGGGAAAGGUACACAGAGCAGUUUGAAAGCUUCUUGUGCCAGGUGGUGCAAUUGAAGUCCAGCACAAACCAGAAGAUGAGUCCAGGGGGAUUACUUCAUUUUAAUGCUUGGGAUAACCUGCAAUAUGUCACCACCACUAUCUUCCUCCUUGUUGCUUACUCCAAAUGGAUGGACAAUCCAUCAUCUCGAACCAAGUCGCUCGAAUGUAAAAUUGACUUUGCUGAUUCAAAGCAGAUCCUUGGUUUCGCUCGUGCUCAGGUGGACUACAUUCUAGGUAACAAUCCACUAAACAUGAGCUACAUGGUUGGUUAUGGGAGUAAAUACCCCAUGAAGUGUCAUCAUAGGGGGGCUUCGAUAGUGUCCGUGAAGAAGGACCCAACACCUGUGUCCUGCCAAGGCGGGUUCGAUAAAUGGUUCAAUCGCAAUGAUCCCAACCCUAAUGUCCUCGAUGGCGCCCUUGUUGGUGGGCCUGACGAAAACGAUCAAUACUCAGAUGCCAGGGCCAACUUCCAGCUAGCAGAGCCUUCAAUCUACAACACUGCACCUCUAGUUGGUGUCCUUGCAAGGCUAGCAUCCAUGAAAUGAUUCAUCUCCUUUUUCUUUUCUGAAGCCAAUUGGUUGCACAUCAGUUGUUUGUUUAUGUAUUAAUUUGUAUCUCAAUUUGGGCACUGGACAAUGCAAUUGUUUAUUAUAGAAACAAGGGGCAUAGUCCCUCUAUUCUAUUAAACCAUGUUUUUAUACCAUAGUUUAUCUGCC